AUGAGCAACAUCAACGCUGGCUCGUCGUCGUCUGCUGGUGCCUCCAACUUUCGCAGCCCACCUAUCUUGCCCGUGGGCGCCAGUGCUGGUCACAAUCAGCUGCUAUCGAGGCAGAACAGCUUCAGGAGCGCUAGUGCGAGCGGGCAGAGGACUCCAGUCAUGGACAAGGAUGGUCUAGGAUGGCCAGCCAAGUCCACCCUCGAUCGGCUCAAUCAUACGCCGGCUCAGGCCGCUGCGAAUUCAGCUCGUCUAGCAGGCGCUGUGCGGACCAUCUUGCAGUGCCUUGGCGAAGACCCGGAUCGGGAGGGCCUGAGAAGGACGCCGGAAAGGUAUGCCAAAGCGCUGCUUUGGAUGACGCGUGGUUACGAAGAGAGACUAAGCGACGUCAUCUCAAAUGCAAUCUUUGACGAAGAACACGACGAGAUGGUCAUCGUCAAGGACAUCGAGAUCUCGAGCUUGUGCGAGCAUCACUUGGUCCCUUUUAGGGGUAAGAUCCACAUUGGCUACCUGCCGAAUCGCUUGGUGAUCGGCUUGUCGAAACUAGCGCGCAUCGCAGAGACGUUUGCUCGUCGGCUUCAAGUGCAAGAGCGUCUGACCAAACAAGUGGCUUUAGCGCUAGAAGAAGCGAUUCACCCGCAAGGCGUAGCUGUUGUGGUCGAAUGCGAGCACAUGUGCAUGUCGGCCCGUGGGGUGCAAAAGCAAGGCGCGACGACCGUCACUAGCUGCAUGCUCGGCUGCUUUAGGAAUAGCGCAAAGACCAGGCACGAAUUCUUGACUCUUAUCAAUCGCAAGUAG